CGGACGCGUCGGCUUCUCCCGGCCGGGAGUCGGUGUGUGAGGAGCCCGGCCGGCAGCCGGGCCCGGCCUGUGUGCGCCUCCGCCGGCCGCGGGGCCGCGCCGGGCAGCCGCCGCCUCGUCCCGCUUCUCCGCGGAGGCGCCGCGCGGCCGGGCAGGGAUCCAGGCCUCCGCCGGCUCCGGGGCCUCCGGGGCCCGGCCGGGCUCAGCAUGCCCGGGGUGAAGCUGACCACCCAGGCUUACUGCAAGAUGGUGCUGCACGGCGCCAAGUACCCGCACUGCGCCGUCAACGGACUGCUGGUGGCCGAGAAGCAGAAGCCGCGCAAGGAGCACCUGCCGCUGGGCGGCCCGGGCGCCCACCACACCCUCUUCGUGGACUGUAUCCCCCUCUUCCACGGCACCUUGGCCCUCGCCCCCAUGCUGGAGGUGGCCCUGACCCUGAUUGAUUCAUGGUGCAAAGAUAAUAGCUACGUGAUUGCCGGUUAUUAUCAAGCUAACGAACGAGUCAAGGAUGCCAGUCCGAACCAGGUCGCAGAAAAGGUGGCCUCCAGAAUCGCCGAGGGCUUCAGCGAUACGGCUCUCAUCAUGGUGGACAACACUAAGUUCACGAUGGACUGCGUGGUGCCUACGAUCCACGUGUACGAACACCACGAAAACAGAUGGCGGUGCAGGGACCCACACUAUGAUUACUGCGAGGACUGGCCAGAGGCGCAGAGGAUCUCCGCGGCGCUCCUGGACAGCCGGUCCUACGAAGCUCUUGUGGAUUUCGAUAACCACCUGGACGACAUUCGGAAUGACUGGACCAACCCAGAGAUCAAUAAAGCUGUUCUGCAUCUGUGCUAGGGAGGGGUUUGGUGACUGCUCUCUGCAUUUCCACUACACUGGGGAAGAAAGCUAUUUUUAAAUGUAAAUAAGAUCUCUCCUAGCCUGUGUGGAAAGCUGACCGUUUUCAGAGGUGGCACAUGCCCGGACAGAGGCAGACUGUCCAUCAGCCGUCUUUUUAAUGCAGAGUCUAGAGAGGGGCAGACUGUCCCAUCUGACCGUCCCUGUGGAGUCCUUCCCACUUGUAUGUUGCUCUGACCUCCAAAUCAAAGCUGUUUCUGCUCGUCCGAGAUUGUUCCUAUUAAACAGUUUUAACUAACCUUUUACAAUCUGGAGAGAAUACUUUUUAAGGCUUAUGAACUACCUUUUAAAGAAAAAAAGAAAAAAGCCCAGAUCUUAUA